AAAUAAUCUAAGUGUACAUGAAGCCAUUGAUCGAUUAGAGAAAAGACGUUAAAUAGAUUAGACUAAAAUGACUCCUAAAAAAAAAGAAAAUGAAAGCUCUCGUCAUAAAAGUCAUCCGGGAUAUUUACGUUCAACGCAUUCAUCGAGUAAAAAACGUAUUAAUAGUUCUAAUUCACCGUCUGCUAUCAUCUUGAAAAAGCCAAGAAGAUCGUCACAACAACCACAUUCAUCAUCCAUUAUACAACCCCAUGAUACCCCUUCUACUAAUAUUUCAUUACCACGACCAUCUAUGCGACGAGAAUCAAGAGCUUCUUCAGUAUAUAAUUUAUCUGAUUCGUUGCACAAUGACGAACAAUUACUUCAACUUGAUUAUCUUUAUGCAAAAUAUCUUCAAUAUGAAUUUUUGAAUUUUAGAUUGAAAAAACAUUUUACAAGCUUAAAGCAAACAGUUGAGAGAGAGCUAGGUUUGGCUGAAGAAGCUUUAAGGGAAAAACAAAGACAAGAGAUAGAUAGUUUAAAAGAAAGUGAUGUAUUAAAGUUUUUAUGGCAGAUCGAAAAGAUAGCAAAUCAGAUAGAAAGUAAACUGACUGCGGCAACAAAUCAUAAUGAAAUAAUGCUAAAUGAAGAAAAGCGGGAGAUUAUAAAGAUAUUAGAAUGCUUAAACGAUCUUAAGGUACCUGUGUCAUCUGCUCAUUAUGAUAUGGAAAUGCUAGUAGAAAUAAGAGGAUUAUUACAAGAUAUUCUAGAAAAAUAAAAGUAGAAGUCUAAAACUGGUAUUCCCGGAGUAAAAAGGGCGAAGAAGGAAGUAUAGAUGAUAUCCGUGUAACUACUGGGAUAUACAUACAAUAUAAAAGAUUUAUUUU